AUGACAAGUUCUGCCCAUCCGAUCUAUAUUUUAGGAGUGGGCAGUGUUGGAUCAUUUAUUGCACACUCGCUUCGAUCUCUUCCCGAGCCGCCCCCCGUCACACUGUUGCUUCACCGAGAAGAUCUCUACCAGGAAUUUGCGUCCAAAGGCUGGAAAUUAGGCCUCCAGCUCGGAGAAUAUGGUGUUUUGGAAGAACGGACCGGGUUCGACGUCGAGCUGCUCGCAAGCAAGUCGGCACCAGUGUCUACUGAUCCGAUCCAUUAUCUGAUUGUCACAGUCAAAGCAUCAGCGACCACGUCCGCCCUUGAACCAAUUAAGCAUCGACUCGGACGACAUUCUACGAUUUGCCUUUUUCAGAACGGCCUAGGGCAAAUCGAGGACAUGAACGAGCGGGUUUUCACUGAUCCGUCAACUCGGCCCCUAUAUGUGCUCGGCAUAAUGCAGCACGGCGUUUAUUUGAAGUCCCCAGCUGAAGCUGUGCUCUCCAGCUCCAAUGGCUGUGCUACAGUUGGUAUUGUUGACCACGGGAAUCAAACCCCAGCACGGUCACAUUGUCAAUUCCUCCUGGAUGCUCUACUCCGAUCGCCUACCCUUCGUUGCACAGAAUUGAUGUGGGCAGAUCUCCUGCAGGUCCAGCUCUUGAAGCUAGCUGCGAACUGCAUCAUCAACCCCUUAACAGCAUUACUGGAUAUCCGGAACGGCGCUCUCAUAGAUUCCCCUGAGCUCUUAUCCAUACAGCGUCUCAUCCUCAAAGAGAUCUCGAUGGUUUUUGAAAACCUCCCGGAGCUCAGCAACCUUCCGCGUGAUCAGACUCGCUUUUCAGUCGCCUCUCUUGAAGCGGCCGUGUUGGAUACUGUUGAGAAGACUGCACCUAAUUCUAGCAGCAUGCGCGAGGAUAUUCGGAAGGGUAGGGCUACCGAAAUCGAAUUCAUUAAUGGUUGGAUUGUCCGGCGCGGUAAAGAGUUAGGGAUUGACUGCGUGACAAACACUUGCCUGACUCAAAUGGUACUAGUAAAAAGCCGUCAGAGUGCCAAAGAUGAUACUGCUAAAGUCUAA